AAUUCUCUCUUUCGAAUCAUUUUCUGGAAGCUGAGAAGAAAUGGGUUUCGAGGAUGAUCCGUACCGUGAUGUAGAUGGAGAGCCAAUAGUUGACUUUGAUGACUUUGGAAAUGAUCGUGAGCCAUCUACAGAGCAACUUCAGGAUUUUGAUGAAGACUUGGCUGAUGAUAUUGGAGAUUGGGAUGGUGAAGGAUCACAAACUCCUGUUUAUGAUAAUGAUAAAGUAGCUAAACCGAGGAAGAGGUUGGUGAAGAAAGCUUCUAGUGAACGUGAGACUAUUGAUGUUCCUGAAUUGAUUGAUGAGGAUGUGGAGGAUGCUGAGUUUGAUGAGUUUAUGGGAGGAAGAGGUGGUGGUGGUGGUACUGAUUAUGAUGAUAAGGUUGGUAGGAAGAGGAAGAAGGAGAAAGAGAGAAGUAGUAGUGGUAGUGGGAAGGAGAAAAGGCAUAAGUUCCCGAAUCGUGGCGAGAGGAAGUCAGAAGAGAUUGAUGAGAUGUGGAAAUCUAUUGCUCAUAACCCUGAGAAUGAUGAAGAAGGUGUUAGGACUAUGGAUGACGAUAAUUUCAUUGAUGAUACUGGUUUGGAUCCUUCUGAGAGGUAUGGAGGUGAUGCUGGAGACCGCUCUCCAACUCAUUAUCCUCAGGCAGAGGAGGGUGAGGAUGAUGAUGAGGUGAAUAACCUUUUCAAAAUGGGGAAGAAAAAGAAAAAGACUGAAAGAAAUCCUGCGGAAAUCGCACUCUUGGUCGAGAAUGUGAUGGCUGAGCUUGAGGUUACUGCUGAGGAAGAUGCAGAACUUAAUAGACGGGGGAAGCCUGCUAUCAACAAGCUUAAGAAACUUUCGCUUCUUACUGAUGUACUUGGAAAGAAGCAGCUUCAAACAGAAUUCCUGGACCAUGGAGUUUUAACUCUGUUGAAGAAUUGGCUUGAGCCUCUUCCAGAUGGAAGCUUGCCAAAUAUAAACAUCCGUGCAGCUAUUCUAAGAGUUCUUACUGAUUUUCCGAUUGACUUGGACCAGUAUGAUAGAAGGGAGCAAUUGAAAAAGAGUGGGCUUGGAAAGGUCAUUAUGUUCUUAUCAAAGUCUGACGAGGAAACUAAUUCCAACAGACGACUUGCUAAGGAUUUGGUUGAUAAAUGGUCUCGUCCAAUUUUCAACAAGAGUACUAGGUUUGAGGACAUGAGAAAUCUCGAUGAAGAUAGGGUUCCCUAUAGAAGGCCACCAGUGAAGAAACCUAGCAACAAAGCGACAAUGGAGUCCAGAGAUGGUGACUUUGACUUGGAGAUUCGGGAACGUAAAACUGGUCUGACUUCUGGUCAGAGUUCAAGGGGAGACAGGCAAAUGACGAUGAGGCCGGAAGCAACCCCAUUGGACUUUUUGAUCCGUCCUCAAUCCAAGAUUGACCCGGAUGAGAUCAGAGCCCGUGCAAAACAGGGCUCUCAGGACCAGCGUCGGGUCAAGAUGAACAAGAAACUUCAGCAGCUAAAAGGAACAAAGAAGAAGCGGCUACAAGCCACAAAGGUGAGCGUGGAAGGUCGGGGUAUGAUCAAGUACCUGUAGAGAGGUUACAACCAGACCAGACCAUCAAGCCACAUUGGAACUGGUUCUUCUAUCGUGUUAAUCUUCCAACUUUGCUUGGAUCAGUGUUUAAAAAGGUCUUCGAGGUGAAGUCAAAGACUUGAGGCAUUGGGGUUUAUACUUAUAUGUACUCUUCUAUAUAUGGUUUGCUUUGAGUCUCUUUCUAAUGUAAUUGGAAAGUGAAAACAUUACGUUCGUCACUUCCUUCUUGAGAGCAGAUACAUUCAUCUAUUAUGGUAAUCAAUUUUCAGUCCAUUU